GCCAAGACGAAAGGCAAGACGGUGGCCGAGAGGGCACGGGGAGGCUGACGGUGGCCGACAGGUCGGGCAUGGAGCAUCUGGAGCGCUGCGCGUGGGUCCUCAGGGGGACGCUGGUGCGGGCGGCCGUACGGCGCUACCUGCCCUGGGCCCUGGUGGCCUCCAUGCUGGCGGGCUCCCUCCUCAAGGAGCUUUCCCCGCUGCCCGAGAGCUAUCUCAGCAACAAGCGCAACGUCCUCAACGUGUAUUUUGUCAAAGUGGCCUGGGCCUGGACCUUCUGUCUCCUCCUGCCUUUCAUCACCCUCACCAACUACCACCUGACGGGCAAGGCCGGCCUGGUCCUGCGGCGGCUGAGCACACUGCUUGUGGGCACGGCCAUCUGGUACGUGGGCACAGCCGUCUUCGCCAACAUCGAGCACUACACAGGCAGCUGCUACCAGUCGCCAGCCCUGGAGGGGGUGAGAAAGGAGCACCAGAGUAAGCGGCAGUGCCACGGGGAAGGAGGCUUCUGGCAUGGCUUUGACAUCUCAGGCCACUCCUUCCUGCUGACCUUCUGUGCCCUCAUGAUUGUGGAGGAGAUGGCUGUGCUGCACGAGGUGAGGACGGACCGAAGCCACUGGCUUCACGCGGCCAUCACCACCCUGGGGGUCGCCCUGGGCUUCCUGACCUUCAUCUGGGUGUGGAUGUUUCUGUGCACGGCCGUUUACUUUCACAACUUGUCCCAGAAAAUGUUUGGCACCCUGUUCGGUCUGCUGGGCUGGUACGGGACGUACGGGUGUUGGUAUCUGAAAUCCUUCUCUCCAGGACUUCCUCCCCAGAGCUCUAGUUUGAAUCUGAAGCAAGACAGUUACAAGAAAUAAAAGAGAAGCAAAAGGGAUGGCAGCAGGACAGUGGCUAAUAGAUUUUCCACUUAUUUUUCUUAGUUAUCGACCAAAUUAUUGAUCCCGCUUCCGGGAGGAAGCUUACCGGGCAGUGUGUGGGGUGGGGGUGGGGUGGAGUCUGGGGGGCGAGCGAGGUCAGGCCCCAGACUGUCCCUGGUGGCAUCGCCCUGUGUCACAAGCACCGCCACUCCCAGUCAGGCACUUUGCUGGCAAGACUUGACCUUAAUCUGGAACAUCCCUUUUGGCCCUAGAGGGCCAAGCUCAGGCUCAGCGAGAGGGCGGGAUCGGGAAAGCCUCUGUUGUGUGGCUGAAGCGGGGCUGGGGCCUCAGGACUCUCCUCUGCUGCCCUCAGAUGCUCCCUGAUUCUUCCUUGUCUUCUGUGUUAAUGGCUGUUAAUGCUGUUAUUUAACAGUAAUUCCCUCUGGUCAGUUUUGCAGAAGCAUUUAUUUCCAGCAGGGUUCUUUAUAAAACAACCAACUGCCUGAAGGACAGAUUCUGGUUGUAGUAUUUAUUUCGUCCGCGGAACGUCAAAUAUUGCAAGUGGCUUAUGAUUAGCUACCAAAACAGUUAAACUGGAGUGCCUCUGCGACAGAGUAUGGGAUGAUUUUUAGGUAACGAACAUUGAUAAUUUUCUGUCCAUGUUGUCUAUUAUAUAUCGGUUUUUGGAGCAGUAAGGUUACUUCCCCCCUCCCCCUUCUAUUGUGAGUGAAUGCUUUAUAGUUUUUGAUAACAAUCAUGGCAUUUGUUCUUUGUUGACAGAACUCCCGAAAAUAACUCACGACUCUGCACUUUGGCACAUGUGUAGAUUGCUUUGAGGGCUUUUUAGAACACUCUUGGCUUACGGUAUUAAAUUCAAGCUCACGGGACUCUUUUCUCUGUUAAGAAUAAAACCGGAAAGCAGACGUUUUAAUAACCUGUUGAAUUUUAAGCUGAGUCAGGGUAAUUUUGCAAAAUGCAUAUUUGCACUGAACCUCCCCUGACCACACGUCAGUGGUGUAGACUGAAUGGUGCUUCAGAUUUGUGUGAUAAUAAGCCUUCGGAAAAAAAAUAAAAAAUAAAAAUAAAUUAAAAAAAAAAAGCCUUCGGCUCGUUGCUGUGGCCCAAGGCACUUUUACCCUUUUGGACAAGGUUAUAUUAAGUCAGAAGUGGACGAAAAUAUCUUCCCUUGCUUCUGAUGGCAAGAAGCCAACCUGUUUGCAAAAAUGUCCCUGGAAAAUGGUGGCCUGACUUUGGCCCACCCUCCUCUUACUUGGACCACCACCAAAACCAGACCAAACGGGCCUGUUCAUCUGCCCUUGAACUCAACCUUUUAUUUCCCCUUGGCAGCACUUCUCAAUUUCCAGCCUUGUCCUUGUGUGGCCCUCACCUUGGGAGUGCUGGGAAUGGUGAGAUGCCCUGUCCCCUCUGCCCCACAAAGGCACAGUUACCGCUCUGUGAUAAGAUACCCCUUCCCUCUCUUAGGGUGUCUCCUUAAGCCUUUCAAACCAAGGCCCUUGCAUUUUGGAUAAUCAUCCCGGAAGCUUCUUUGACGUCCCUCCCCCCCCCCCCCCAGUCAAGCCUGGUAAUAGCAUUAACUGAUAAGCACUGCACUUGCCUGGCUUAACGCAAGCUUAGGUUGGUAGGGGUUUGAGGUCUGGAAAAUCUUCAGUGUAAAAUGUAUUGCGUAUAAAUAUGUACUUAAAAUAUGUAGUUCGUAUCUCAUCUGGCCACAGGUUAACCUAUAUCGAUCAAAAUGUGGGGUGUGAUACAUUGUACCCAAAGGUGGCAGAAACACCUGACAGUGAGAUUUCGAAGGUGUCACCAUGGUGCUUUGGGAGCAUUGGCAAGCUAUGAUGGGCCCCGGGAGAAUUGUUUUGCCCUCUGGAGCUUACAUCUGAAAAUGGGGGUGGUGGAAGUGGGGCUGGGGUAGGUGGCAGGGGCUUGCUGAAGGGAUUGACAUCUCUCCUACGUUUCAUGUUCAGCACCAAAAGGCAACAGGCACAAGGUGACGCCAGAAGUUCACUUGUCCCACUUAAAUGUCCAGACAUUUCUCUCCUGCAGGCCUGAUUCAGGCUCAGCCUUACAUUGACUCCGUGGAAAGCGUCCAUUACCGAAUCUUGUAUAUUGAUGAGUCUUCUGCCACUUCCUGUUCAGUCUUAGCACCUUUGCCUGUCUCUAGGGAACGUGCUCUCAAUCCCUAUGUGAGACAGCGUGGCAAGGCUGAAAGUUUAGGCAAACGUGAGAUUUGGGUCCAAAUCGUGUCUGACCCUGGUCAAGCCUCAAUUUCCCCAUCUGUAAAAUGGAGGUGGUACUGUCAGGAUGAAGGGAAUAUGUAUGUAAAAUGCCCAGCACAUGUGCAUAGCAGGUGAUAAUCCUCCUGCCUCCUUUUUCUUGAUUAAGCCUUUAGAACUUUAUGGCUCCUCUGGAGAAGGCAGGGAAACUAAUAUGUUCUUUGGAGUGCCAUCUGGGGUCUGGGUGUCCUGUUGAAGUAGCCUUGUAUUGUCUUUUGAAAAGUGUCUAUUCCCCAGGUGCUGAACAAGAGGCUUUUGAGGGCAUCUGUGAUCACAGAAUACCACCGUGCUUGGUUUGUCUCUCCGUGUUGAGGUUCAUUCACUGGCGCCUCAUUUUCCACAUGCAUCUGUCAUAGUCUGAGUACCAGACUGUAUUUAGAGAAUGGCUGUUACCACUGUUACGUACACACACAGAUCGUGUGUGUAAACAGGCAAAUUAAACUAGAGAUAAUGAAAUCCCA